AUGAAGCCUAUUCUCUUCUCCAUUUUCUCUCUCCUGCCGAGUAUCUAUGGGGCCCCGGCCCCCCGAGACUCAGAUCCCCCUCUACGAGGCCCGUCCGAUCUUCUGGGCUACUCGUCUAACAAACUCACUAAACAUACCACCGAGGGGAUGAAAUACAAACUUGUUACUGGACAGAAGGAAGACCCUGACAUUGCUCCCUACCUCGACUUCGAAAAAGUGGACAGCCCGCAGCCCAUCCGCGGUGACACCGGCGGUACUGACCCGGGUCCUCGCAACACGUGGUACGACCGCAUCAACAGCGACAAGUUGGCACCCCCGGGCACCGACAAUGGACAGACGAUCAAUGCUCAAUGGCCCAUGGGCCUCAGCCGAAACCGACUGGGCAAGAACGGUGCCGGAUGGGCCCGUCAAGAGAACACGGUUGUCAUGCCUGAUGCCACUAAGAUGGCCGGUGUGGAUAUGCGACUGCAGGCAGGGGCGUAUCGCGAACUGCAUUGGCAUGUUGCGGGUGAGUGGUCGUUGGUGUUGAAUGGGUCGUGUCGGAUUCAGAAUGGUGAGACCUUUAUCGACGACGUGACGGAAGGCGAUGUGUGGUUUUUUCCACCGGGAGUUCCUCAUUCCAUACAAGCGCUCGAUGUAGGAGUCGAGUUUCUUCUCGUCUUCGAUGACGGAUCCUUCUCCGAAGACAAUACCUUCCUUGCAUCUGAAGUCUUCGCCCACAAUCCAAAAUCCGUCCUAUCCAGAAACCUCGGCCUCCCCAUAUCCGCCUUCGACAAUAUCCCCAAAGAAGAACUCUACAUAUUUCCCGGCACACGAGCACCCACCAAUAUCGAAGACCAAAACGUGACGACUUCCGCAGGCAUCGUCCCUCGCAACCAGAGCUACUCGUACCAUUUCUCCGAGCAGCCCGCGCACGAAGUCGCAGGCGGAUCGGUGAAAAUCGUUGACCCGCUGACCUUCCCCGUCGCGAAGGAUUUCUCCGCCGCCAUAGUAACAGUUAAACCUGGCGGGUUGCGCGAAAUCCAUUGGCAUCCCACUAGUGACGAGUGGACGUUCUUUAUCCGUGGUCAGGGCCGGGCGACGCUUUUCGAGGCGCCCAGUACCGCUACCACGUUUGAUUAUCGCGCGGGUGAUGUAGGCUAUUUUCCACAGUCGCAUAGCCACUAUAUUGAGAAUACGGGGGAUGAGGAGUUGGUGGUUUUGGAGGUUUUGCAGGCGAAGGAGUUUACAGAUAUUGCUUUGGGUCAAUGGAUUGGUUCUACCCCGAAGCAGAUUGUCGCGGAUACAUUGAAUCUACCAGAGAGUGCGUUGAAAAUGUUAAAGACGGAGAAGCAGUUUGUUGUUGCGGGAUGA